CAAGGCCUACUCAGAAAUCCCAUCAGUAAUUUUCAAAUGGAUCACGAAGAAGGUAUCAGAUUGAGAAAGCGAGCUCUCAAACCAAUAGAGACAAAAAGAGAGAAAAUUCACAAAUUAGGAGCAGAAGAAGAAGAAGAAAUUUGUUGGUGUGAGAAGGAAAUCAAUAACGAAGAAGAGCCACUGAGUCCAUCAGCGCGUCUGUUCCAUGAACCAAACUUCAACGUGCAUAUCAUUGCAAUCAUGGGAUGUGUUACCAGAAUUAACCCGGAUGUUAUUAAGCCCAGAUUGUUCCACACUUUGCUUAAUCACCCUCGCUUCUCAAGUUUGCUGGUUGUGGACGAGAAAAACGGUGGGAAAAUGAAAUGGGUUAGAACAGAAGUUGAUUUGGACAAGCAUGUCAUAGUUCCUGAUGUGAACCACGCUGACAUGGAAUCACCCGACCAUUUUGUAGAAGACUACAUCUUCGAGCUGAGCAAAACCAGCAUGGACAAAUCAAGGCCUCCUUGGGAUCUCCAUCUCCUGAAUGUGAAAACAUCUCAGUCUGAAGCCGUGGGCAUUUUCAGGGUCCAUCACUCUCUCGGCGACGGCACAUCUCUCAUUUCUCUUUUAUUGGCUUGUACUCACCAAGUCUCUGAUCCUGAGGCUUUGCCCACAAUUCCAAUGAAGAAGGAGAAGCAAGAUUCUCGUAAGGGUGAGUUUGGAGGGUUUUGGGGGUGGUUGUUUAGGUUUUGGUUGGUUUUGCAAUUUGUUUGGAAUACCAUUGUGGAUGUUUUCAUGUUUAUGGCAACGGCGGUGUUCUUGAAAGAUUCCAAUAGUCCUCUCAAAGGUCCUCCAGGCAUUGAGCACAAUCCUCGCCGAUUUGUUUUUCGGACUGUCAGUUUGGAUGAUAUGAAGUUCAUCAAGAAUGCAAUGAAUAUGACUGUAAACGACGUCGCUUUGGGAAUGACACAGGCAGGUUUAUCUCGGUAUCUCAAUAGAAGAUAUGGUGAGAAUAAGAAGGACGAGGAAGGGUCAACUCAGAAGAAAAACAAUAUUCCAAACAAAAUUCGGCUCAGAUCAACUUUGCUAGUUAACAUCAGACCUUCGGCAGGAAUUCAGAGUUUAGCUGAUAUGAUGGAGAAGAAGAAAGGUAGUGAAGCAAAAUGGGGUAACUGGAUUGGUUAUAUCCUCCUUCCAUUCACAAUCGGCUUAAAGGAUGAUCCAUUAGACUAUAUUCGCAAAGCUAAAUCUACCAUUGACCGCAAGAAGAAUUCUUUUGAAGCUAUUUACACUUUCUUCAUUGCCGAAAUUGUUCUCAAGCUUUUCGGCAUCAAAGUAGCAAGUGCUUUAUCCCACAGAAUUAUCUCCCACACGACAAUGUGCUUCUCCAAUUUGGUUGGACCGCUUGAAGAAAUUGGUUUCUACGGCCAUCAGAUAGCUUACCUGGCUCCAAGUUCCUACGGCCAACCACAUGCAUUGAUGAUUAAUUUCCAAAGUUACGUAAACAAGAUGACGAUUGUACUGUCGGUUGAUGAAGACACAAUUCCUGAUCCUCACCAGCUGUGUGAUGAUAUUGUCGAAUCCCUCAGGCUUAUCAAGGAUGCUCUUUUGCACAACUAAGCAAUUAAUUAAAUGUAAAAGAAUGUUCCUCAAAUUACUAAUAACUAUCAAAUAAGAGAUACUGUUCUUUAUAAAAAUUCUCACAUUGUCUUUUUUACUUAGUAAAAUAAAUGCUUUGUAUUAUAUAAUUUUCCACUUACUAAUUAUUACCAUUUUAACCAGUUAAUCAGCUUUCACAAAAUUGCUUUCCAUGUAUAUACAUAUUAAUGAAGCUUAACAAAAUAUUUGGGGACUGAAA